CGGCUUUGUAUAUGUGUCUUAAAUCUUAUAUUUAUAAAUAGUCAUAUUGGGUGGUAUAUAUUUUUGUUUGAUAGUAACCCUUAAUAAAGGGUUUGUGUUAAAUAGUGAAAUAUAUCUUGGAAUAUUUUUCAUGUGUUUUACAAAGGUGGCGAACUCAAAAGAUAUAAGCGAUUAUGCAAACUUCGAUCGAGACAGGGACGAUAGAGAAGGCGGAUCGGCUCCGGUGGCACCAACAUCAGCUGAUCAUGAUCAAUCACCACUUGAUAUGUAUUCAUCUGAGUUUAGUAUGUCAGGAGAGUUAUCUGCUAUGGUGACUGCUUUGACCCAUGUUGUUUCUGGUGGCGGUGAAGGUGGUGCUGUUAGUACUGUUUCGCCAUCUUUUCGUGCUGGUGAUGGUGGUAGUUAUUUAAUGGAUUCGCCAAGUUCAGCGUAUUCUUCUUCGAGUUCUGGACAGAAAAGGGUUCGUGAUCAAGAAGGAAGUGCUGAACAAUUUACGGAACAGUUUACUCAAAGAUUUUAUGGUGGUGUGGGUGACUUUAGAGGUGGGGAGUCAUCAUCUUCACAAGUAAAAGAAGAGGUAACACCAAUGCCCACCACCACAACCACGGCUGAUGCGGCGCAACAACCAGCUGCCAUAAUGGGACAAAGUCAAGCAAUUGAGUCAACCCAAUUUGAACAAACAGGGGAAAGAAGAAGAAAAUACAGGGGAGUAAGGCAAAGACCAUGGGGAAAAUGGGCUGCAGAGAUACGCGACCCACAUAAAGCUGCCCGAGUUUGGUUAGGUACAUUUGAUACUGCAGAGGCAGCUGCCAGAGCAUAUGAUGAAGCUGCCCUUAGAUUCCGGGGAAACAGAGCAAAACUCAAUUUCCCCGAAAAUGUAAGGUUAAUCCCACAACAACAAACCCGACCCGUUACCCAAAUUGCCAUUGCAAAUCCUCCAACUACCCAAUUUACAAUCCAUCACCAACGACCGCACCACAACUUUCAACUACCAAAUCCCUCCGCGGCCAGAGAUUAUUGGCAGUACUCGCAGUUACUACAAAGUAGCGCAGAUACACGCCCGCCACAACCGAGAAAUGAUUUAUUACCACAAAUGUAUACAUCAUCAACAAUGACUUCUUCACAUUCACAAACAUCCGAUUUUUCAUCUGCCAAUAAUUAUCCACUGCUUUUUCCAAACCUUUCGACAGGAUAUUUGAAUUUUCGACAGCCUAGCGGUGAAAACGAUCAGGAUGAUCAACCCGAUUUUUCAGCAACACCGUCUUCAUGGCCCGGUUAUGAUCAAUUCCCACCACCACCUUCAAAUUAAUAAUUAUUUCAUUUUUUUUUUUUUUUGGCAUGGUUUCACUAAUUAUGUGUUCAUUUAUAGAGCUGGGUUGCACAUACCUUGUCAGGUUUUGUACUAUACCUUUUUUGUCAUACAAAUUCUUUUAAAUGUUCUCCUUAAGUACGAAACAAUCUUGUAGGUGUGUGUAACGAAGUAUGUUUUGAGAAUUUAUAAAAAAAGAAAUUAUAAUUCUCAUUUAAA